AAGUCCGUCUUCAGAUGACAGAAUGAGGGACCUUCCUCCUGAGCUACUGUUACAGAUCUUCCAACACCUGAAUGCAGUCGAUCUGUGUAGUGUGGGGACAGUGUGUAGUCACUGGAGUUACGUCAGCACAUCAGACAUUCUGUGGAGGAGGCUGUGUGAUACUCUGGAGAUGAAGUUGGAUCUAGUGCGCAACGACCGAGCACUUGGAUACUCCUGGAAGGAAGUGUAUAAGAUGAACCAUGGUAGUCGAGGCAUAAGGCGACUGUGGUUGAGAGGGUGUCACAGCAACUUCAGUUCCUACCAACAACUGCCAAAGAAAAUCAUGUGUACCAUGGAUGCAGAAGGAUGGGGACAGAUCUUCCAAAUGGAGUUAGAGAGAUAAUUGGGGUCCUUAUCCAGAUAUUAUUAUUUAGUUGUGCUCUUUUGAGUUUUGGUAUUUAUAGCAGAUUUUCAGUUUUAAAUUUUAUUUUGUUGUUGGAUUUUACAAUUUUUUAUAUUUGGAUAUUUUUUAACAACCUUUAACAAGGUCAUUAAUUAUAAUGAAUAUUUGUUAUGAACCUAUAUAUAGCUACAUUAUAUGUAUCUAAAGGGAAUGUACAAUAUGUAUCAGUUAUGUACCUUUUAUCUGGUUUCAGUCGUUAUUUUUACUGCUAAUAUAUUCAUCACUAGAUAUGUUAACCUUAAUUUAUAGUGCAGUUCUAUUAUUUUACCAUAUAAAUACUAUAAUGACCACGAAAUCUAGUCAGAAAUGUAACUGUGAAUAUGAAAAUGAUGAUGUUUGCCUUUGCAAGUGUGCUGUGUGAGAGUGGCUGGUGUUUGCCUCUGUGAGUGUGCCAUGUGAAGGGUGGCUGGUGUUUGCCUCUGUGAGUGUGCCAUGUGAAGGGUGGCUGGUGUUUGCCUCUGUAAGUGUGCCAUGUGAAGGGUGGCUGGUGUUUGCCUCUGUGAGUGUGCCAUGUGAAGGGUGGCUGGUGUUUGCCUCUGUGAGUGUGCCAUGUGAAGGGUGGCUGGUGUUUGCCUCUGUGAGUGUGCCGUGUGAAGGGUGGCUGGUGUUUGCCUCUGUGAGUGUGCCAUGUGAAGGGUGGCUGGUGUUUUCCUCUGUGAGUGUGCCAUGUGAAGGGUGGCUGGUGUUUGCCUCUGUAAGUGUGCCAUGUGAAGGGUGGCUGGUGUUUGCCUCUGUGAGUGUGCCGUGUGAAGGGUGGCUGGUGUUUGCCUCUGUGAGUGUGCCAUGUGAAGGGUGGCUGGUGUUUGCCUCUGUAAGUGUGCUGUGUGAAGGGUGGCUGGUGUUUGCCUGUAUCUUGUAAGGAACAAUGUUUGUCUGUAUGAAUGGCAUGUUAUCUUACCGGAAAAUUUCAUAAUUACAAAAUCUGAGUGGAAUGAAAUACCGACACAUUGAAAAAUCUUUAUGUAGCUUAAAAUGAUCCAGGUGUUUUUAUUGUGAACACAUUGUAAAAUCUGGUUUUUGCUUAAAAUUGACCAUUAUUUCUAAUUCAUAAAAUCUAUUGCAAGUUUAGGAUGGAUAAAAACGCUUAAGUAUUUGGUAUAUGUAAGGACUGGAGAGUUGUUAGUGCUUUAUGUGUCUGUAUGCUGUAAAAGGAGGGACAGUGUCCAAUGGAAGUGAUUUUAAACUCAGUAUUAUAUACAAGUAACAAAUAUUUGAUGCUCAUCAAUGGCUGUGUCUUACUUGUAUAUAUGAGUCAUUUGUAAAUAAAGGAACAGUAGAUAUUUA